ACAUUAAACUCCACAAAUCCCAACAGACAACCCUAACAUAGCUUCCAUCAUCUGCCUAGUAUGGAUUCCAUCUUCCUCCACAGACCUAUUUCAGAGCUCAAACUUUCUUCAUAUCACUGUUUUUGCCUCCUAAUUUUCAUUCUUUUCAACUUCAUCCACGCCGAAGCAAAAGCAAACCCCUGCAGAACCAGUUGCGGUGGCAUUCCUAUCAACUACCCCUUCGGAAUCGAUGACGGCUGCGGUAGUCCGUACUACCGACACAUGCUGGUAUGCUCUGAUCAGGACAGUCUUGAGCUCCGGACACCUUCCGGCCGAUAUGCAGUUCGCAGCAUUAGUUACUCCGACCCCCACAUUCUCGUCUCCGACCCUUACAUGUGGAAUUGCCAGGACCGCGAAAAUUUCCGUCCGACAAGGCCGUUCAGCCUCGACACCAGCACCCAUUUCUCUCUUUCCUCGCAAAACGACUACCUCUUCUUCAAUUGCAGCGAGGACAACGUGAUCGUCGAGCCGAGACCCAUCUUCUGCGAACGGUUCCCAGACCGAUGCGAUUCAUCCUGCGACAGUUCCAACUAUCUGUGCCGCCAUUUACCUGAAUGCUCCGCAGCAUUGGGCGGUAGAGCUUCUUGCUGCUCGUACUACCCAAAAGCAACGGAAUCACUCAGGCUGAUGCUCAAGUAUUGUGCUUCGUAUACAAGCAUAUACUGGAGAAAUGUGGGGACGAAUGAAAAUACACCGUACAAUCAGGUGCCGGAGUACGGGAUUCGGGUGGAUUUUGACAUCCCAGUGACGACGCGGUGCCUCCAGUGUCAGGAUCCGAACAAGGGAAGUGGGAUUUGUGGAUUUGACACACAGACACAGGAUUUUUUGUGUCUUUGUAACAGAGGAAAUGUCACAAGCUAUUGCAAAGAUCAUGAUUUUUCAAGCCAUACAAAGGCAGGAGUGAUAGCAGGCACAGUAACAGGUGUUUCAGCCGCUGGAGCCUUGGGAAUUGGGGUAGGUAUAUGGUACUUGAGGAAAGUGAGGGCCAAAGCACCUGUGACAUGUGGGGUUCAAAGCAAUGAGAAUAGGCUUUUCUGAAGAAAAUAUUCAGCACGCGCCUUUAUUCUCUUCUUUCUUUUGUAAUCUUUGAUUUUUGAACAUCCAAAAAAUCUAAAACUAUCAGUUUAUGCUUGUUUGUUUGUUUGUAUAAUACAAAGUUGAGAGAAAC